AUGUCAUCAUCUGGGUCUUGUCAACAAUCUGUUUCCAUGGAUGUUUCUCAAACUUUUCGAGAAAGAAAUGAUAUAGCAUGGGCACAUGUUAAUGAGGGCGUGGAUGAAAAUGGGAAGAAGAUAUUAACAUGUCUUUACUGUGGCAAGAUAAUCAGAGGUGGAGGAAUUUAUCGAGUGAAAUUACAUCUAGCAGGUGUAAAAGGAGAAGUUGGAAAGUGCCCUAAAGUUCCUUUCGAUGUUAAAUUCAAGAUUGAAGAAGCACUAAAUGAAAUUAGGGCCAAGAAUAAACAAAAAGUUGAACUUCGUAAGAAUGUCAAUCCUUAUGGAGCUAGUGUACAACAAUUUGAGGGUGAUAUGUUAGAUGAAGAUAAAGAGUGUGAAGAGGUUUCUCCAUGUCCAGCUCCAGCUCCAACUUCAACUUCAAGCAGUAAGAGAAAAAGAUCUAUUAGGAUAGAUGCUAUAGCUGCAAUUGGUCCUGGGUAUAAAAUCCCAACUUACCAUAAUUUGCAUGUAAAUUUAUUGAGAGAUGCUAGGAAAGAAGUGCAAUUACUUGUUGAUGGUUACAAGAAAACUUGGGAGGAUGUUGGAUGUACUUUAAUGGCUGAUGGUUGGACAGAUAAUUUACAUAGGUCGUUGAUUAAUUUUCUAGUGUACUGUCCUAAAGGAGUGUGUUUUGUGAAAUUAGUGGAUGCUUCAGAUGUUGUAAAGGAUGCUGCAAGAUUGUUUGGCUUGUUUGAGGAAAUAGCUUUAUGUGUUGGACCAAACAAUAUUGUCCAUCUUGUCACUGACAAUGGAGCAAAUUAUAAAGCUGCUAGAAGAAUGUUGUCUGAAAAAUAUAGCAAUAUUACUUGGUCUCCUUAUGUAGCACAUUGCAUUAAUUUGAUGUUGAAAGACAUAACUGAGAUGAGUCAUACAGUCAACCUUUCGACACGUGCAUCUAAGGGUUGGACAGAAAUUAUACGCCCAGGUGCAACCCGUUUUGCCACAACUUUCAUUGCAUUGAGCAACCUACAUCAACACAAACAUGACUUGCAAUCUAUAGUGACAGAUAGAACUUUUGUGGAGUCUCGAUAUACAAAAACUAAUAAAGGCAAAGCAUUUAUUUCCAUAGUUCUAGAUAACCAGUUCUGGGAUGACAUUGUUAUAGUUUCCAAAGUUGUGAGUCCAUUGAUGCGUAUGCUCCGGAUUGUAGACUCAGAUGAGAGACCUUCAAUAGGAUAUGUGUAUGAUGGCAUGUACAGAACGAGGAUGGGGAUCAAGAAGCUGUUUAAGAACAAGAAAAAUUUAUGCAAGCCUUAUACAACAAUUAUUAAGAUGCAUUAG